AUGCGAAUGCGGUCGGUGGAAUCAUGUGCUUACAUACGCCCAAACAGCCAGCCGGUCACCAACACUACUAUCAUGGUGGCCCACCUCGUCCACCACGCCGUCCGCCGCGGCGUGGAGCACGUCCACCAGCACCUCACCAAAGAGCAGUUCAUCAGCAAGCUCGAGCAGGAUGCUCAGGCCUACGAGAACGCGGGUCCUCGGAUGGAGGUGAACCCGCGAGAGCUCCUCCCCGUCGCCAUCACAGGCCUUAUCGCCUUCUUCAUUGUGUGGUCGAUUUCCUACACGAUUGGAGAGGUCGCGGUCUCCCUGGCUUCGAUCGAAUCAACCUCCCGCACAACUGUCGUCGAGUCGAAGCCUCCGGCAUACACCGAAGAGCCGCUUGAGAAAGAGCCGCUCAUGGCUGCGGAGCCUGACGCAGAGACAGAUGUCGAGAUCACAGUCAUUGAGCACAAGCCGAUCACAUCUAAGAUCCGGACUACGAUCGCCCGCCUUCACGAGGUGGGAGGCUUCCGCGCGCGCUGGAGGGGUGUCGGACUCAGCAUGCUCUACCACUUCCUUCACGCCAUGGUGGCCAACUUCCUGGCCGCUUUCUUCGGCGUUGGACUCUUCGGAGAGUCGCUCAUCUACAUCUUCGUCUCUGUCGGUCUCGCGCGCCUCCACAUGGCCUGGACGCACAAGAUGAUCGCACACCCAUCGUCGAAGCCGUGGUUCCGCAGCGUCCCAGCACGCAAGGACUGCAAGGCUAUCCUGCUGCCAGCCUUUGUGUACGCCGCUGCUCAGCAGGCAACCAUUAUUCUCCCAGUUGGCGUCGCUUUCGCGCUUGGUCUCAUGCAGCCACCGGCUGGCCACUCCAAUGGUGAGAUGUCCCACCACGACUGCAGGAAGAUGGCGCUCUUCGGUCUCCGCUUCCUCGCCGUGCCGAUCACCUAUAUCAUGGUCGGCCUCGCCAUCCUUCUCCCGGCUUCCGUCACUCUUACCCGCAUCGAAGCCUCUCUCCUCCCAGAGGACCAGGAGACUAUCGUGCCCUUCGACAAGGCUGCCAUGGUCGGUGACAUUGAUGUGAGUGCCCGCGGUGGCUGCCGCGCACUUUUCGUGCAAGCCUGGAGGUCCUUCGACCGCUCCGCCAGGCUGAGGCUCAUCAAGCUCUACGCCAAGAUGAUCAUGGCUCAGGUCGCCGUGCUGUUUGUUGCUGCACACCUGAUGGUCGCUGAGCUCUACCUGAUCGGCGGCGAGAGGAUCGGUGUGUUCAUGAAGAGCGCGGCGGCGCAGAUGAAGCUUACGGCUAUCGAGGCGCAUGAGGCGCAUGCUAAGGGCAACUAG